AUGGAAGUGGACCGGUAUCCAGUAGUGAGCCCGAUGCACCCAUGGGUCAAUCCAACUCUGCUGAAUGAAGCGGUAAUACCAGAAGCUGAGAAGCCUUUAGUCAAGACCGAGGCCAGUGACGCCCACGCCUUGGGUAGCGGCAGCUGUAAUUCUCUCAAAUCGUUCAACGGCCAGUACUACUCCGGCAUGGUCGUCGGCGGCUCUCACACUUGGAACUACGACGGCGGUGUGUGGCACGAGGUCAAGACGGAGCCGGACCUGUGGAAGAUUAAACUACGGUCCCUCCAUAUGAUUUGCGGGCGAAUCCGCGCCGGCUUGAGCCGCAGGUGGAGAAAUUCGGCGAGCACAAAGAAGCUGGCCGUAAGAGCGCGGCCCAUUUUGUUGAAGAGGCUAUUAGUCGGUGUGAUGGCCAAGCGAUUGACUGGUGGUAUUUGCAGCAUUUUCCUAUUCCACCGAGUUUAUAGGGGACGAAAUGAGUAA